UCUCACUUGUUGCUGCUCCACAGGGGCUCGGCCCGGGUGGUAACUUUGGUGUCCACGGGCUAGUGAUUGCGUGGAAGACGACUGCGUAAGGUCCAUGGGGCGGGACCUAGGUUAUGGGGUGGGAGUUGGGGGGGUUCUGAAGAGAGCCUAGCGUUUGCUUUUCGCACAGCGGACGCCCAGAAGUUGGGCACUAAGUGGCGUAUGCCCCUUUGCCCACCCAGCCGCCCACCCUACGGGUGGCCAAGGGAAGCCUGAAGCCCUGAUCCGACACCUUCCACUCUCAAUGACUGAGGCAAAUAAACAACAUGUAAGAUGUCAGAAAUGCUUGGAAUUUGGACAUUGGACUUAUGAAUGUACAGGAAAAAGAAAAUACCUACAUAGGCCAUCAAGAACAGCAGAACUAAAGAAAGCUUUAAAAGAAAAAGAAAACAGAUUAUUAUUAUUACAACAAAGCAUUGGAGAAACUAAUGUAGAAAGGAAGACUAAGAAAAAAAGGUCUAAGAGUGUAACCAGUUCCAGUAGCAACAGCAGUGACAGUUCAGCCAGUGAUUCUUCAUCGGAGAGUGAAGAAACGUCUACCUCAUCCUCCUCGGAGGACAGUGACACAGAUGAAAGCUCCUCCAGUUCAUCAUCUUCAUCCUCCUCCACAAGCUCUUCCUCGUCCUCCGAUUCAGACUCAGAUUCCAGCUCUUCCAGUAGCAGCAGCACCAACACAGAGAGCAGCUCUGAGGAUGAGCCACCAAAGAAGAAGAAAAAGAAAUAGAAUUGCUCCAUCCCUAUUGGACUGCUGGUCUGCAAACAUUAAUGUGAUUCUCGGAAGGGAAUUUAGAAUAUGUUAAGGCC